UAAGCAUGGUGGGAUGCCGGCAUUGUUAGAGAAGAUUAAACCUAUUUCUCAGCCCAAGGUGACGGUAUUUUUCAGAUGCAGAGUGGUAUACCACUUGAUGAAGAGCCAAGCAAAAAAAAGAAUGGAGACGAACAACAGUCAGAUCCAGAGGCCUCUUUCGGUAACCACUACCGAAUUGUUAGCCCAACAUUUCGGUAUAGUAUGGACUACAAGAAAGUUGGUAAAUGCAUUAUUAUAAACAACAAGAAUUUUGAAGCCUAUACAGGCAUGGGUAGACGAAAUGGCACCGAUAAAGAUGCUGGCGAUUUGCAAAAAUGCUUUCGAAAUAUAGGAUUUGAUGUUGUUGUCCAUAAUGAUCAAAACUGUGAAGAAAUGGAGGAAUUGCUUAAACAAGCUGCACUUGAAAACCACAGCGAUGCUGCUUGUUUUGCCUGCAUAUUUUUAAGCCAUGGAGAGGAGGGUCUCAUCUAUGGCACAGAUGGAUCUAUGCCAAUCAAGAAAUUGACUUCAAUUUUUAGAGGAGACAAGUGCCUAACCCUUGUUGGAAAACCUAAGCUAUUUUUCAUUCAGGCAUGUCGAGGUUCUGAAUUCGAUGAUGGUAUACAGACAGACUCAGGUCCUUCAAAUGACAAUCUGGAAACGGAUGCCAAUCCCAGUUACAGGAUUCCAGUUGAAGCAGAUUUUUUGUUUGCAUAUUCCACUGUGCCAGGUUAUUUUUCCUGGAGAAAUCCAGGGAAAGGCUCCUGGUUUGUGCAGUCUCUUUGCUCAGUACUGAGCAAGCAUGCGAAACAGCUGGAGAUCCUCCAGAUUCUCACCAUGGUUAACUACAAGGUAGCUACAAGCUAUGAAUCGCAGUCUGAUGACCCUCGCUUCAGUGAGAAGAAACAAGUUCCUUGUGUGGUCUCCAUGCUAACUAAAGAACUUUAUUUCUGAAAUCACAUCUCAAGCACCAGUUAUCAGUAGCGGUUCCCAAAAAUCAACUCAAGCUCUGGAACCAACCAGAUGUCAUUUUUUCAA